AUGCUUCCCUGCUGCCUCCCACGUGCUCCCUCCUCCUCCGAGCUCGCUGCCGCUAUGCUUCCGGAGCCGGAGGACGACGACCUGCUCCGACUGUCCUAUCACCGAUGGCCUCUCGAUGCUUGGGACCUGAUCGGCACUCCUUCCGAGUCCGAGGAGGCUCCUCACACGCCCUCGUCGCCGGCGAGCUCGGGGCCCGAGGCGAGCAGCCUGAGCCUGAGAUGGUCGGACAAGGAGUGGGGAGGGGGCGGAGAGGAGUUUGAGAGCUGCUGCUGGCUGGAGCCGCUGGAGCCGUCAGCGGCCGAGCCGGAUCGGGGAGGGGGAGCGGAGGAAGCCCCGGGGCUUGUCGCCGCCCUCACGGACUUGGACGGCCUUGUCGGGCCCCGCAAGAGGCGAGCCUGGACGGAGGAGGAGCGGGGAGCGCACAGCAAGGCUUGUCACGGCAAGUCCAAGCUGUCGCUCAUGCAGAAGCUGGAGAUCAUCGAGCUCUACGAGACCACGACAUGGAUGAGCCAGACGGAGAUCGCGGCGAUCUUCGGCCGGAGCCGGUCGGCGAUCUCCAAGAUCCUGAGGCCGGAGAGCGUGCGGAAGCUGAAGCAGGCGACGGCGCAGAGGGGCGGGGGCUCUAGUGUCGCUGCAGCCUUGGGACCGGCCUGGGCAUGCAAGAUGAGCCUCCAACGAGAGAUACAAGGCGUUGGACGUAGCAUUGUUUCGAUGUUGCAUGCGCAUGACGGGCAUGUCUUGUGUGUGGGCGAGUAUCAUGAUACUCGGAGCUUCGAGGUCAAGGAGGUCAGAUAG